AUGGCUUCUCCAUCCCCCCAGGGCCGCAGCUUCACCGUGCGCGGUGUCGCGGCCGGCCUUGGCGUUGGCACCGUGAUAUGCUCUGCCAACAUGUACUUCGGCCUCCAGACGGGCUGGGUGUCCAUCAUGUCUAUGCCGGCAAGCUUGAUGGGCUUUGCCGUCUUCAAGCUGCUGAAGCCUCACCUGCAAUUCCCCUUCACCCCGGUUGAGAAUGUGUUGGUGCAGAGCGUUGCGGGCGGCAUGGCCAUCAUGCCUCUUGGUUGCGGCUUUGUCGGUGUCAUUCCGGCAAUGAACUACUUGCUGGGCACCGAUGAACAAGGGCCCUUGUCAUUGAGCAUGUGGCAGCUCAUCAUCUGGUCCAUCGGCCUCUGUUAUUUUGGAGUUGUCUUUGCCGUUCCCUUGCGCCACCAGGUUAUCAUUAGAGAACGCCUUAGGUUUCCCAGCGGCUUCAGCACUGCCGUGCUCAUUCGCGUUCUCCACGGCCGAGGCCAAGGCUCUUCUGCCCAGGAACUCGAUGCCGCCGCCAAGGGGGGAUUUGCCAGCCUUGCAGAUAGAGAUGACGACGAUCCUCUGUUAGUUAAUGAGACCAGUUCCAACGUAGCAGACGAGGAGCCAGAGCUAUCAAAGGACGUGGACUGGGCAUACAACAUGAAGCUCCUACUGCUCAGUUUUCUAGUUUCCGGCAUCUUCACCAUUUGCAACUAUUUCCUGCCUAUUUUGAGAGAUCUUCCCAUAUUUGGCACUGUUGCGGCCUCUACUUGGCUUUGGACCCUGAACCCAAGUCUCGCAUAUGUCGGACAGGGCAUCAUUAUGGGGACUGAGACAACACUUCACAUGACCCUCGGCGCAGUUGUCGGCUGGGGUAUUUUGAGUCCUCUGGCCAAAAAGAAGGGUUGGGCCCCUGGACCGGUGGAUGAUUGGGAAAAUGGCAGCAAAGGCUGGAUUGUUUGGGUGUCGCUGGCUAUUAUGCUCGUUGAUGCCGUUGUAAGUCUGGCUUACGUUGCUCUUCGCCCCAUUCUCGCAACCCACGCUCCGAGGGCUUUAACUGUGUUGCGAGAACGGUUCCAACAAUCUAGGAUCGCCGCUUUGUUCGGGAGAAGUCAUCAGUACUCUCCAAUCCCUCAUGGAGAGGAGGAUCAGGACGAGCCAGCAAUUCUCGAUGAUGACCAGGCUUCCAUCGCCUCGAACGAGGAUGCUGGUCUGGAUGACGGUCCAGCUGAGCAGCAAGUUAGCACUCGGAUUGUCACAUGGGGUCUUCUCGCAUCUGUUUUGCUCUGUAUUCUUACAACGCGCAUCGUGUUUGGCGACUUGGUACCCCUUUACGCGGUUGUCACUGCUGUUCUCAUGGCUCUGGUCCUGAGUAUCAUGGGCGUCAGAGCCCUUGGAGAGACUGACCUCAACCCCGUUUCUGGCAUAAGCAAACUUGCGCAGCUGUUCUUUGCUCUGAUCAUCCCGCAGUCCCACAAGUCCAGCGUUCUCAUCAAUUUGGUCGCAGGUGCUAUUUCUGAAGCUGGUGCAUUGCAGGCUGGAGACUUGAUGCAAGAUCUCAAGACCGGCCACCUGCUUGGAGCUGCCCCCAAGGCGCAAUUUUGGGGACAAAUCAUAGGUGCUACCUGUGGCGCGCUGUUCAGUGCUUUUGCGUAUCGUAUCUACACGGCAGUAUACGAGAUCCCCGGCAAGCUUUUCCAAGUUCCAACGGCCUACGUUUGGAUAUUCACUGCCAGACUUGUAACUGGACAAGGCUUGCCGUACAUGGCCAAAGAAUGGGCAACUGGAGCCGGUGUUCUCUUUGCUCUCACUACCCUGGCGCGAACCUUGUCCGUUGGGACGCGAUGGCGUUCGCUGAUCCCAGGUGGCAUUGCCGUGGCAGUCGGCAUGUACAACGUGCCCUCAUUUACCUUGGCUCGAGCCAUUGGAGGAAUCUUUAGCUGGUACUGGCUGAGCGUACGAAAACGGUCGACCACGCCACUCAUCAUCAUUGCAUCGGGCUUUAUUUUGGGAGAAGGAUUCCUGAGCAUUGUGAACUUAUGGCUGCAGGCUCUAAAAGUGCCUCACUAUUAG